ACCCUGGUCCGCUUGGCGGGAGCGGAGACAGUCAGCCUGUCAAGGAACUUUCGGUGUCCUCGGCACGGGAAACGGAGAACAAAUGUCAAAAACCCCAAGGAUGUAGAACCUUCGGUUCGUCAGCGCGACAGCGGAAAGCCAAGACUUUUGGAAAGUUGGGUCACGCCGCUGCAUGUGCACUUUUUACAAUGGGGAACAGACUGGGAACUUUUUGAUUUUCACGAGCCGAUGUUCUUUUCCUUCUAUUUCGAGUGGGGAGAGAACGCGGAUGGAACAAAACGGGGUUCGGGUGUGUGUGUACGAAUACAUACAUCGUAUGGGUGA